AAUAAUUAACUGUUAAAUUAAAGACAUCUAUUUCCUAAGGUUCUAUGAAUAAAUUACGAACACAGUGACUAAUUCAUAUUCGAACAAAAAUUGGGCAGAGUAACGUCCUAACUCGUCAACGGUUGAAAUGGAAGUGUGUUGACGACAUCAUCGUUGAUGUCUCAGAUAAUUUAUACGGAUACUAGAUGGAGUUUCUUGCUGCUAGAAAUCCGAUGAAAAGUGCCCAGGUUUGUUACUUUAGUGUGAGUGACAAGCUACGUCUUCCACACGCGAUUUGUAUGUGUGUAUGUGUUUUUGUCGCUUUGUGUUAGCGUGCGUGCAUUGCUUAAAAUAGAGGUAGGACGUUUUAACAGCUGCCACAGUCUGUCAAGACGUAAAAAAGGUCUAAGGUUGAUGUCAUCAAAUGAACUCAAGUGAUUAUUCCAGGACGCGAUGGCGGCGGGCGAGGGCGGCAGUACUCCGGAGCAGCAGGCGAUGGCCAUCGCCGAGGACGUGCUGGAGCGGCUCCCGAACAAGAUCCUGACGGGGCCGUCGCACGAGGGCGACAUCAAGCCGUCCGACAUGACGCCCAUGUCCAUCGUGGUGCUUCAGGAGGCCGCCCGCUACGAGCGGCUCGUCAGCGUCGUGCGCACCAGCUCGCGGGCCGUCAUCGGGGCCGUGCAGGGUGUCAGCGUACUGACGGACGUGACGGAGGAGGUACUGACGAGCAUGGUGCGGGGACGGAUCCCGGCGCUAUGGGCGGGCAAGAGUUACCCCUCGCUUAAACCGCUCGCAGCAUACUUCGACGACCUCCUUGAGAGACUUGCUUUCCUGCAGCACUGGCACCAGUUCGGGCCGCCCGUGGUGUUCUGGCUGUCGGGCUUCUACUUCCCGCAGGCAUUCCUCACGGCCGCGCAACAGAGCUACGCCCGCAAGUACAAGAUACCCAUCGACCAGCUCGCCUUCCACUACGAGGUACAACGCACAUUUCAUAUUGAAGAGCCACCUUCGGAGGGCGUCUACAUCCGGGGACUGUUCAUGGAGGGCGCUCGGUGGAAUAUGGAAGACUACUACGUUGACGAAUCGCAUCCGAAGAUACUCUACGACGAGUUCCCGCCGGUUUGGCUGAUUCCGUUGAAGAGAGAUGAUAUUCCAACGGAUGUUUUCUACAACUGCCCCCUGUACAAGACCGGGGAUCGUCGCGGCGUCUUGUCCACUACGGGCCACUCCACCAACUACGUGUUGUUCAUGAGAUUGCCCACUAGCCAACCGCCUGAUCACUGGAUUAUGCGUGGUGUUGCGCUCUUAACACAAUUGCCAUUUUAAGCAACUCCUACUGAUAAUUUUGGUCCUUCGAGCCACUUUACAAUACUUAUUUAUUUUUAUUUUUUAGUCGUAUCUCUUUCUUCUGAGACUAUAGCCUAAUUUAAAGCCUGCCAAGAUUUACGAACAAUGUGUUAGAGGAUGGUUAGCUUAGCUGUAUACCCGACAGGUUAAGUGCGCCAAAGAUGUUAUCUCUGAUGGUGUGAUUUGAAUACCUCCUAGCCAACAGAUUUUAGAAUCAAUAAAAUUUUUUUUUACUAAAAAUCAUCAGGCUUCAAGGACCAAAAUUUUGAACUAGAUUUGUAGCGUUAAUUGAACGUAAAAAUGUAGUAAACCAUUAUUAUUUAGUGCAAAUACCGUAGAACCUCUGGAAGUCGAUAUUGAAGGACGCCAGAAAAUUCAAAUUAUAGUUUUCGACUUAUGAAGGAAUUCAAAUUUAGUGAAUUUUGUCAGCAAAAACAGGUGGACACCUGUAAACAUGCACGUGUUACCAUCAUAAAUUCCUUUAUCAUUUCAUAAAAUUAGUUUCUGUAUUCCUACUUUUACAUUGAUCAUCAAGUUGUAAUAAAGGUUGUAAAAUUAAACAUAGCUAUUUUCGAUAUGUCGAGGUAAAUUAUUUUUUUAAAGUAAGAGGAAAAAUAUGUAAUUAAAUUACUUGCAAACACUUACUAAUAAUUUCAACGAAUAAAGGGGUCAGAUUUGGAGCAAUAGAGGUUAUCGGGCUUGGAGGGGAAGGAACACAACAAUCUUCGAAUUAAUGAGGUUUUAGACUUAUCGAGGUUCGACUUGAAGAGGUGCAUUAAAUAUGACUAAGUAGUCAAGAAAGUACUUGUAACAAGUAGGAGUAGUAAUUGACAACCCUCAUAAUGAAAUAAAAUUAUCUAUGUGUUAACAAUCUCAAGACUAAAUAUUUUAAAUUAUAAUAAACAUAUUCUUUUAAACCAUUAACUAACCGCUUUUCUGUUUUAGAAUUUGUUGGAAAAUUUAAUUUAAAGCGUGAAAUUGCAUUAGUUAUGCUUGAAUUGAAUAAAGUUUACAAAGUUAAAAUUUUAAUUUGUACUAGUGCUUUUGAAUUUUGUGAACUGCCUUUUUGAUCUCAUUUUCUAGGCUGAUGUUGGACUUUUUUUUAGAUAAUUGAUACGUUUAGAUAAAGCCUCUUGCUAUUAGGUCAGGUUUAUUACUUAAGUGUGUGUGACAGCGGAGACAUACACUCACGAUUUGUAAGGCACUUUGUUUAAAUGUGCGUCCGUUGCUGAAAAUAGAUGUUAACUUUUCACCGCUAUUUCUUUCGACUUGUCCAUAACUGUCACAGUUUAUCUAGACGUAUUAAUUAUCUAAUGGACUUGUGUAUUAUAAUAUUUAAUUUAUUCGUUAUUAGAAUUAGUUAAUUUUAUUCUAGUUAUGAGUGUUUCCUAUAUUUUAAUUAAUCAUGUUAAAAAAUGUCGGAGCCUUACUUUGGGCAUUUGUGAUUUACUAAUUCUUAUUACAUGUAUCUUAAUAUUUUGAAUUUAUUUCUAUUGAUGUUCUUAGUGCUCGAGUAAUAUAAUAUUAUAUUUAAUAAA